CCCCCGCGCCGAGUCCGCGCGUCAGUCGGUCCCGAGCGCGGCAGCGGGGCGGCGGGCUGCAGCCAGCCGAGCGCGCGGGCCAGGGAGACCGCGGUGUCUGCGGGCGUCGCGGAAGGCGGCUCGGAGCCCAGAGAAUCGCGCAGCGCCAUGGCCCCCAUUGGUCUCAAAGCCGUGGUCGGAGAGAAGAUCAUGCAUGAUGUGAUAAAGAAGGUCAAGAAGAAGGGGGAGUGGAAGGUGCUGGUGGUGGACCAGUUAAGCAUGAGGAUGCUGUCCUCCUGCUGCAAGAUGACGGACAUCAUGACCGAAGGGAUAACAAUUGUGGAAGACAUCAACAAGCGCAGAGAACCGCUCCCCAGCCUGGAGGCUGUGUACCUCAUCACUCCGUCUGAGAAGUCUGUUCACUCUCUCAUCAGUGACUUUAAGGACCCACCAACUGCUAAGUACCGGGCUGCACACGUCUUCUUCACCGACUCUUGCCCAGAUGCCCUGUUUAACGAGCUGGUAAAAUCUCGAGCAGCCAAAGUCAUCAAAACGCUGACAGAAAUCAACAUUGCGUUUCUCCCGUAUGAAUCCCAGGUGUAUUCCCUGGACUCUGCUGACUCCUUCCAGAGCUUCUACAGUCCCCACAAAGCUCAGAUGAAGAAUCCUAUACUAGAGCGUCUGGCAGAGCAGAUCGCAACCCUGUGUGCCACACUGAAGGAGUACCCGGCCGUGCGGUACCGGGGGGAAUACAAGGACAACGCCUUGCUGGCUCAGUUAAUCCAGGACAAACUCGACGCCUAUAAAGCUGAUGACCCAACAAUGGGGGAAGGCCCAGACAAGGCACGCUCCCAGCUGCUGAUCCUGGAUCGGGGCUUUGACCCCAGCUCCCCCGUGCUUCAUGAGUUGACUUUCCAGGCCAUGAGUUACGACCUGCUGCCUAUUGAAAAUGACGUUUACAAGUACGAGACGAGUGGCAUCGGGGAGGCACGGGUGAAGGAAGUGCUUCUGGACGAGGACGAUGACCUGUGGAUAGCGCUGCGCCACAAGCACAUCGCAGAGGUGUCCCAGGAGGUCACCCGGUCUCUGAAAGACUUUUCUUCUAGCAAGAGAAUGAAUACUGGAGAAAAGACCACCAUGCGGGACCUGUCCCAGAUGCUGAAGAAGAUGCCCCAGUACCAGAAAGAGCUCAGCAAGUACUCGACCCACCUGCACCUUGCUGAGGACUGCAUGAAGCACUACCAAGGCACCGUGGACAAGCUCUGCCGGGUAGAGCAGGACCUGGCGAUGGGCACAGACGCUGAGGGGGAGAAGAUCAAGGACCCCAUGAGAGCCAUCGUCCCCAUUCUGUUGGAUGCGAAUGUCAGCACUUACGACAAAAUCCGCAUCAUCCUUCUCUACAUCUUUCUGAAGAAUGGCAUCACCGAGGAGAACCUGAACAAGCUGAUCCAGCACGCCCAGAUCCCCCCCGAGGACAGCGAGAUCAUCACCAACAUGGCCCACCUGGGCGUGCCCAUCGUCACGGAUUCCACGCUGCGCCGCAGGAGCAAGCCCGAGCGGAAGGAGCGCAUCAGUGAGCAGACCUACCAGCUCUCACGAUGGACCCCGAUUAUUAAGGACAUCAUGGAGGACACGAUCGAAGACAAACUUGAUACCAAGCACUACCCGUACAUCUCCACCCGCUCCUCUGCCUCCUUCAGCACCACCGCUGUCAGCGCCCGCUACGGGCACUGGCACAAGAACAAGGCCCCAGGGGAGUACCGCAGCGGCCCCCGACUCAUCAUUUUCAUCCUGGGGGGCGUGAGCCUGAGCGAGAUGCGCUGUGCUUACGAGGUGACCCAGGCCAAUGGCAAGUGGGAGGUGCUGAUCGGUUCUACUCAUAUUCUUACUCCCACCAAAUUUCUCAUGGACCUGAGACACCCCGACUUCAGGGAGUCCUCUAGGGUAUCUUUUGAGGAUCAGGCUCCAACAAUGGAGUGAGAGCCAAAGAAACAAAGAUCCACGCACAUCCUCACCCCACAAAAACUGCUGGACACGCUGAAGAAACUGAAUAAAACAGAAGAAGAAAUAAGCAGUUAGAAAAUAAGCCGCCCCUCCACACCACGCCCCUCCCACCGCUCUGCAGCCCCGAGCGCGAUGCGGGUUACUUUGCUGCCUCCCCAGCCCUGCACGCCCUGGCCGGCACCGCGCUGCGUUGUGUUUAAUGAUGCCCUCCUCCCGUUUGAAAUGAGAAUAACGCAUUGUGUUUUUUAACAAGAUAUCUUAUAUAUGUAUCCUACAAGAAGUUCAUGUGCAAGCUGCAGAAGUUUUGGAACUCUUGAGAAUGAGUGGACUCCUCCCGUCAUUUAUGAGCCCAUGACCUUGUAUAUAGCCACACGCGUCGCGUGCAAACUGCUCGAGAAAGGAAGGCAGAAGCUUGGGUGUUUUUAAAAACGUGAUGUGUUUUGGGUUUUCCUGUUCUUGCUGGGAAUCAUAGCGCUGUCUGUGUUCUUCAGUAUUUUAUACUGAGGAUUAAUCUGUUACCUUCACUACGGCUCCUACCCGCUCAGUGUCUGCUCUCACCCAGGUAAGCUGGGAAGUGACAAUCAGGGGACAGACACCUCACGAGGCUGAGAUGGGACCGACCUCUUUACUUUCCCUCGCAGCUGUGCCCUGGAGGUGCAGCUGCAGGUGGAAGCUUGGAGUCCCCAAAGCCAGGCAGGGUGCCAGCUGGUAUCUUCCACAGUGUGGCAUUGCUUCCCCAAGCCUGUGGUCCCACUGUGUGACCCUGAGGAAGGUCCUUCUCUAGCCUAGGUCACUGCACAGACAAUGAAAAGCAGACCCCUUCCCGGGGUGGAGAAGCAGUUAGGGGACCUGCUGACCAAGCCCCUUCCCUGGGGCAUUGCCCUCACAGCUCCUUUUCCCUAGAAGGAUCACCCUGGUCAAGUCCACGGUCAGGACUGGACUAGAACAGAUGGCUCCUGACAGCUCCCGGGCAGAGGGCCCUUGGCCGUGGAGAAGAGCCCGUGUGGCUGAUGCUGUCCCCACUCCACAAGCACGUCCUCGGUCAUCCUCAGUUUAAGAUACUUUGUAGUUCUUUAUUUUGUGUGGUGUGCAGUCGUAUGUCAUCGUGGUUGUAGGAGAAAAUGAUCGUUUUGUUUGCUGUAUAAAAAUGUAGCUGUGAAGCAGAAGUCAAAGAAGCAGAUGCUGGAAGGGUGCGCCCAUCCUCAGGACCCGGCCGCUCCAGUUCUCGGGAGCGCACACUGUUGUUCUGCUGCUGUUGUCGUGAAAUAUAAUGACAGUGGAAGUCACAAAAAAUGUCCCCUGCCCUGCCCCUGCCACCUCUAGCCUCCCGCAGACCGAGUGUAUAUUACUGUCUCGUGACGUCCUUGCGAAUGUGAUGUGCGCCAGCCCCGCCGCCUUCCUCUGAGACCGCGCUCCUCGCCCGCCCGCCACAGACGCACCGUGGUGUCCUCUCCUGCCGGCUCGGACUCUCCUUUGCACUCAACUUAGCCCCCGGAUCUCCUGUCGCCUUCUCCCCUCGAGAUCCUGUCUCCUUAAGACAGAACCCCAGGACUUGCGCCAUUUGGUUUCUUACACCCGCUUGUUUCCUCCCCUCCCUCCGACCAAGCAACGCUCACGCUUUAGGACCUUGUUUGUCGAACAUGUUGGUUUUCCUUUCUCUGUUAUUUAUAUAAAAAAUAAUUUAUCAAAAGGAUAUUUUAAAAAAAAAGCUAGUCUGUCUUGAAACUUGUUUACCUUGAAAUUAUCAGAAUCUCAGUGUUUGAAAGUAUUGAAGCACAAACGUGUAUCAUCCCUGUACCGUUCUGUACUGAAGCACUUGAGUCUAAUAAAUAAAGACAUCAGCGCCCACUCCUGCUGUCCAGGGCAGCUCCCGGCUGGUUUUACUUUGGGGAGUAGGAGAAAGCCUGGUCCUCAGUGUGUUGGUGCUGGGAGGUGACGGGACCUUUAAGAGGUGGGGCCUGGUGGGAAGUAAUUAGGCAUUGAAAGGGUGCUGUUCCGGGAGGGAAUUGGUGGAGUUCUUGUUCCCCCUCUGUGGACUUUGGCUUCCAUCUUGCCAUGUGAUCACUCUCCCGAGUGUUGCCACCAUUAUGCUAUCAGCCAUGGGGUCCUGACUAGAGCUGAGCCCAUGCCAGUGCCAUGCCCUUGAAUCUCCAAAAUGGUAGCUAAAUAAACCUCUUUUCUUCAUA